AUGUCAACGAAAGUGGUUGAUUUAAAUGUUGGCGGAUGUCUCUACACCACUCAUCAAAGCACUCUCACCACAGUUCGAGGCUCUAAACUGACCAAGUGGUUCAGUGAUACCGCCACCAGCACUUUACCCGUGGACAAAAAUGGUCGUGCGUUUAUUGAUAGGAAUGGUGAACUGUUUGCCUACGUUUUGGACUAUCUACGCGAUUCAAAGAACAGCGUCCUCCCCAAAUCUUCGACCACAUUGGAGCGACUUCAAAUUGAGGCAGAGUUCUAUGAGUUGCCCAACCUACUUGCGGCUAUUCAAGAGACUAAACGAACUGCACCAUGCACCAUCACUUUGAGCUACAGAGGUCAAAUCCCCAAUGGACGAGACACACUGGCAGACGUUAGAUUUAGACGAAUUACACGCAUUCUCGUCUCUGGCAAAAGUUCGGUGUGUCGGGAGGCCUUUGGUGAGACCUUGAAUGAGAGUCGAGCACCUGAUUGUGGACCUGAGGACAAUCGCUACUCAAAUCGGUACUACUUAACUCACAACACUCUUGAGAUGGCAUUCGAUAAGCUACUGGAGGCUGGUUUCACCCUAGCCGGGUGUUGUGGUGAGACGUCGGUCGAAACUGGUAGUCAGCGAAGCAAGUCCAUUGGGGAUUUCGAUGGAGGCAGAAAUCAAUUUUUCCAUGAAUUCUACUUUGUUCGAAAUAAGUGA